AUGUUAUGGGCGAGGGGCGCGGAACGACCUGAGGCGACCGUCAACAGCGAAACGUCUCAACGCCAGGAAAGAGUGUGUGUGUGGAGUCACAUGCCGCUCGGACAGAGGCCGACAGCGGGACAGCGGAGACGGUGCCCCCCCCCCGCCACGAGGUCACGCGCCACCUCCUGCUGCGGUCGUUUGCGCACGAUGCGCAUUAGUCACGGCUUGGGCGUCAACGGCCUCAAAACCAACACAAACCAUACGACUGCGCUUUUUUCGGUUUCGCUUCAUUAA